AUGGAAGGCCCUCCAGGGUUCAAUUCUGUGCCGAGUGACGAUCAUCUCCCCUAUCCCUCUGUUCCUCCGAUCGCACCAACACUUCCCACCCCUGCAAAUUUCCACGCAGGAAUCCAGCUUCCUCCGCAGCAGGGUGUUGGCGUGAUGAACAUGGGCGGUCCGGCUUUGGCUGCGAUGAACGCCGCUACGCCACUCUUGACAAUGCCGGCACCUUCAGUUCCCAACUUCUACCUUCCAAACAACAAUCCGUUCUCAUCCGCUGUUGUCCACGGACCUGCCCAAGCUGUUAACGUCAUGACAACAUCAAAUGGCGCAGCGCCAUUCGAUCCAAAUACACCACCACCGUUCGCUGAUCGGGCUCAGUUGCAAUUCCCCAGACGUCACGGUGUCCUUAAGAUCAUAAAUGUGAGUUUGUUUGUCUCCGGCCUUUCUGAGAUUCUCCAAACAAUCAUUUUCAGCGUCUUUUGA